AAGUGCAUUCAUUCUUACUGCUGUCCUUGUUUUCUGACGGCUAUGCCUGAGCCAGGUAAGUCAGCUCCUGCUCCGAAGAAAGGUUCCAAGAAGGCUGUGACCAAAGCGCAGAAGAAGGAUGGCAAGAAGCGCAAGCGCAGCCGUAAGGAGAGCUACUCCGUGUAUGUGUACAAGGUGCUGAAACAGGUCCACCCGGAUACUGGCAUUUCAUCCAAGGCCAUGGGCAUCAUGAACUCCUUCGUUAACGACAUCUUCGAGCGCAUUGCAGGCGAGGCUUCCCGCCUGGCCCACUACAACAAGCGCUCGACCAUUACCUCCAGGGAGAUCCAGACGGCCGUGCGUCUGCUGCUGCCCGGAGAGCUGGCCAAGCACGCAGUGUCCGAAGGUACCAAGGCUGUCACCAAGUAUACAAGCUCCAAGUAAAUGUGUGUUUAGGGACUUUAAAACUCAAAGGCUCUUUUCAGAGCCACUCAAGUCUCACAUAAAGAGCUUUAAUAU